UUCGGCCAGCCGGCAGGCAGGCAGGAGCAGCCCCCCGGGGGAGGGGCUGGUGCUGGGUGCCCGGCUGCCGGGCUCGGGGAGCGGAGAGAUGGCGGCGGGGAGAGGCCGGCGGCUGCUCGGCUCCCUCUGGAUCGUCCUUCUGCUCGGGCAGCCGGGCCCGGCCGGCGCCGCCGCUCGGAGCAGCUCCCAGAGCCUCCUCACAGGAUCCCUUGUGAGAACCUUCACUCCUUUUUACUUUCUGGUGGAGCCAAUGGACAUUCUUUCAGUUCGUGGAGCUUCUGUUAUAAUGAACUGUUCUGCUUAUUGUGAAACUUCUCCAAAAAUUGAAUGGAAAAAAGAUGGGACUUUUUUAAAUUUGGUGUCAGAUGACCGCAUUCCCAGGUUCACCAGUCAGCCAGAAUCAUCAUCUGUCUAUAGAGGAAACAGUGCAAUCCUUAACUGUGAAGUCAAUGUUGACCUUGCACCAUUUGUGAGGUGGGAGCAGGAUCGUCAGCCACUCUUUCUGGAUGAUCGUGUAUUUAAAUUACCAAGUGGGACUCUAAUUAUUAGCAAUGCUACUGAUAUGGAUGGAGGACUGUAUCGCUGUAUCAUUGAAAGUGGUGGGACCCCCAAAUACAGUGACGAAGCAGAGCUCAAAAUUCUUCCAGAUCCAGAGGUGCCACAGAACUUGAUGUUUAUGAGGCAGCCCUCUUCGCUUACUAAAGUUACUGGGCAAAGUGCAGUUUUUCCAUGUGUUGCUGUGGGAUUUCCAACUCCAUAUAUCAGGUGGACAAGAAAUGAAGAAGAGCUUAUCACAGAAGGCUAUGACAGAUUUCUUCUGCUUGCGGGAGGCAGUCUGGAGAUCAGUGAUGUUACAGAGGAGGACGUUGGGAUGUACACCUGCAUAGCAGAUAACAGAAAUGAGACAAUUGAGGCUCAAGCAGAACUUGCAGUUCAAGUUCCUCCUGAAUUUCUGAAGCGGCCUGCAAAUAUUUAUGCUCAUGAAUCUAUGGACAUUGUGUUUGAGUGUGAGGUGACUGGAAAACCUACUCCAACUGUGAAAUGGGUCAAAAAUGGAGACAUGGUGAUCCCAAGUGACUACUUCAAAAUCGUUAAAGAACAUAAUCUGCAAGUUUUGGGUCUGGUGAAAUCAGAUGAAGGAUUCUAUCAGUGCAUUGCAGAGAAUGAUGUUGGAAAUGCACAGGCUGGAGCCCAGCUGAUAAUACUUGACCUUGAUGUUGCCAUCCCAACAUUACCUCCCACUUCACUGACCAGUGCCACUAAUGACCAUCUAGCACCAGCUACAACAGGACCACUGCCUUCAGCCCCACGGGACGUUGUGGCCACCCUCGUCUCCACUCGCUUCAUCAGACUGACGUGGCGGACGCCUGUAUCAGAUCCUCAAGGAGACAACCUCACCUAUUCAAUCUUCUACACCAAGGAAGGUAUAAACAGGGAACGCAUUGAAAAUACAAGUCGUCCGGGAGAGACACAAGUGACGAUCCAAAACCUGAUGCCAGAAACAGUUUAUGUCUUUCGAGUUGUGGCUCAGAACAAGCAUGGCCCUGGAGAGAGCUCGGUACCGCUGAAGGUGGCAACUCAGCCGGAGGUUCAGCUUCCUGGCCCAGCACCCAAUAUCCGAGCGUACGCCAACUCGCCCACUUCCGUUACUGUCACCUGGGAAACACCGUUGUCUGGCAAUGGAGAAAUCCAGAACUACAAGCUCUACUACAUGGAGAAGGGACACAACACGGAGCAGGACGUUGAUGUAGGAGGGCUCUCCUACACCAUUAACGGAUUAAAGAAAUACACAGAGUAUAGUUUCCGCGUGGUAGCUUACAAUAAACACGGUCCUGGAGUCUCAACCCAAGAUGUUGUUGUACGAACGCUGUCAGAUGUCCCCAGUGCUCCACCGCAGAAUCUAACGCUGGAGGUACGGAAUUCCAAGAGCAUCAUGCUACACUGGCAGCCUCCUCCUGCAGGGACACACAGUGGACAAAUCACUGGCUACAAAAUUCGCUACCGUAAAGUGUCCCGCAAGAGUGAUGUAACAGAGAGCAUUGGUGGGACCCAGCUUUUUCAGCUAAUUGAAGGUCUUGAGCGAGGUACAGAAUACAGCUUCCGAGUAGCUGCCUUGACUGUUAAUGGUACUGGACCAGCUACUGACUGGAUAUCAGCAGAAACAUUUGAGAGUGAUCUGGAUGAAACUCGCGUUCCUGAAGUUCCAAGCUCCUUACAUGUCCGUCCACUUGUCACCAGUAUCGUAGUAAGCUGGACUCCACCUGAAAACCAGAACAUUGUGGUGAGGGGCUAUGCUAUAGGGUAUGGCAUUGGCAGCCCUCACGCACAGACAAUCAAGGUGGACUAUAAACAAAGAUACUACACCAUUGAAAACUUAGACCCAAGCUCUCACUAUGUCAUAACUCUGAAAGCAUUCAACAACGUUGGUGAAGGAAUCCCUCUCUACGAGAGCGCAGUGACCAGGCCUCACUCAGACACUUCCGAGGUUGAUUUGUUUGUUAUUAAUGCUCCAUACACUCCAGUGCCAGAUCCAUCUCCCAUGAUGCCACCGGUGGGAGUUCAGGCUUCCAUUCUGAGCCAUGACACCAUACGGAUCACUUGGGCAGACAACUCUCUGCCGAAGAACCAGAAGAUCACAGAUGCUCGCUACUACACAGUUCGCUGGAAAACCAAUAUUCCUGCAAAUACGAAGUACAAGACUGCAAAUGCAACCACUUUGAGCUAUUUAGUGACUGGGUUAAAACCAAAUACCUUGUAUGAAUUCUCCGUGAUGGUGACCAAAGGUCGAAGAUCAAGUACUUGGAGUAUGACAGCACACGGAACAACUUUUGAAUUAGUUCCUACUUCUCCUCCCAAAGACGUGACUGUGGUGAGCAAAGAGGGGAAACCUCGGACAAUAAUUGUUAACUGGCAGCCUCCAUCCGAAGCCAAUGGCAAAAUUACAGGAUACAUCAUUUACUACAGUACGGAUGUGAAUGCUGAAAUUCACGAUUGGGUUAUUGAACCCGUUGUGGGAAACAGACUGACCCAUCAAAUACAAGAACUGACCCUUGAUACGCCGUAUUAUUUCAAAAUUCAGGCCCGCAACUCAAAGGGCAUGGGGCCUAUGUCUGAGGCAGUUCAGUUCAGAACCCCAAAAGCUGAAUCCUCAGAUAAAAUGCCUAAUGAUCAAGCUUCAGGAUCUGCAGGGAAAGGAAGCCGCCCAGUGGACAUAGGACCAGAUUACAAGCCACCACUUGGUGGCAGUAACAGCCCCCAUGGAAGUCCUACUUCUCCCUUGGACAGCAACAUGCUCCUUGUAAUCAUAGUAUCUGUUGGAGUGAUCACCAUUGUGAUAGUGGUGAUAGUCGCCGUCUUCUGCACUCGUCGUACAACUUCUCACCAAAAAAAGAAACGAGCUGCCUGCAAAUCAAUGAAUGGGUCCCAUAAGUACAAAGGAAACUCCAAAGAUGUCAAACCUCCCGACCUCUGGAUCCAUCAUGAAAGACUGGAGCUAAAACCCAUUGAUAAAUCUCCAGAUCCCAAUCCAAUCAUGACAGAUACCCCCAUCCCUCGCAACUCCCAAGACAUCACCCCAGUUGAUAAUUCCAUGGACAGCAAUAUCCAUCAAAGGCGGAAUUCCUACAGAGGACAUGAAUCAGAGGAUAGCAUGUCCACACUGGCAGGAAGAAGGGGGAUGAGGCCCAAGAUGAUGAUGCCUUUUGAUUCUCAACCACCUCAGCCUGUGAUUAGUGCUCAUCCCAUCCAUUCACUCGAUAACCCUCACCAUCAUUUCCACUCCGGCAGCCUCGCUUCUCCAACCCGCAGCUAUCUCCAUCACCAGGUCAACCCGUGGCCGAUUGGCACAUCCAUGUCCCAUUCAGACAGGGCCAAUUCCACAGAAUCUGUUCGAAACACGCCUAGCACGGACACCAUGCCGGCUUCCUCGUCUCAGACAUGUGCUGACCACCAGGAUCCUGAAAGCGCCACAGGGUCUUACCUGGCGAACGCGCAAGAGGAGGAUUCAGCUCAGAAUCUCCCUACAGCACACGUCCGUCCUUCCCACCCACUGAAGAGUUUUGCGGUGCCAGCAGUUCCACCAUCUGGUUCCACGUAUGACCCUGCAUUGCCAAGCACACCAUUGCUGACUCAGCAAGCUCCGAACCAUCCAGUUCACUCGGUGAAGACUGCAUCAAUUGGGACUUUAGGAAGAACUCGACCUCCUAUGCCAGUGGUAGUUCCCAGCGCCCCUGAUGUGCAGGAGACCACCAGGAUGCUUGAGGACUCGGAAAGCAAUUAUGAACCGGAUGAACUGACCAAAGAGAUGGCCCAUCUGGAAGGACUUAUGAAGGACCUUAAUGCCAUCACUACAGCAUGACCACCUUCACCAGGACAUGACUCCAAACAGUUUCUCACAAGUCUUGGGACUCAGCCUUGGAACACAAGGAGUUGUAUAGAGGAGGGGGGGG